AUGAACGGUUUCAAUGAUUUCAUAAAAAAUUUUCCAUCAGACAAUCAUAAGAUCGUAGGCAAAGGAUUGAAUUGCCCUAGAGUAAGUAAAGAACAAUUAUCGUUAAAAUCAAAUACUGCAAACUCAAACAUUAUAUCUGUUGUAUCGACAUUAAGCAAGAAACCAGGAAUUUACACUCAAAAUAAUUUAUAUGCUGCUGGAUUUCAGUAUACUGGUAAUGGAGAUACAGCUCGCUGUAAAGACUGUGGACUUGAAGUAUCGAAUUGGACGGCAACUAUGCAUCCAUAUACUAUUCAUUCAAAACAAAGACCUGAAUGUCCCUUCAUUCUAUCUUUGAAACAAUCUAUAAUACCAAAUAAAGCUUCUGCUUUAUCAACAACUACUACUAAUCCAAGCAUAUCAAUAAAAACUGAACCAGAAAAUCCAUCAAAACGUCAGAAAAUUGAACCAAUCAAUUCUGAUAUUUCAUCAAAUACAUUACUCGAAACAAAUCUACUGAAACAAGUACGACGAAGAACUUUUUCUCAUUGGUCACGUCGUACAAUUCCAUCAACGGCACAAAUGAUAGAAUCUGGCUUUUUCAACUGUAAUGUAGGUGAUCGAGUAAUAUGUAUUUAUUGUAACCUCAUAUGUCAACAAUGGACGCCACACACUGAUGAUCCAUGUGAAGUACAUAAAACUCUUUCACCCAAUUGUAUAUAUGUUGCAGCUAAUUUAAUACGUCCUGCAGCUUCAUCUACAAUUAUUGUUAAUGAAAAUUCAGCAAGUGCAUCGUCAAAUAUUCAUUCAUCAACAUCAGCUAGUCACGAUCCAUUAACAUCUAAUGAAAUUAUAUUUAAAAAUACAUCUCAUUCUGCUGAUACUGAAAUAUCAAAACAAUCACAACAAAAACAUGCUAAAGAAAAUGAAUUAAAAGGAAGAACAUUUAUUGGUAUAUCAUCAAAUAGUACUUUAACCAUCAAUAGUCAACAAUUAUCAAUACCUGAUGAAAGUACUCUAUCUCGACUUGUUGCAGCACGACUAGAACUACCAAUUUCACAGCGUUUAUUAGAUAAAAAAAUUAAGCUAUCUAUUAUAAAAAGAUGUUGGGAAGAUCAAUUACGAUUAAAACAAGAGGAUUUUAUAUCAGGGUGUGAUUUAUAUAUUGCUUGUUUAAUUCUUCAAAAACAGAUCGAACAUAUUAAUGGUAAAAAAGAAAACAUUGUUGUGCCAAGUAUAAAAAUGAAGCAAAUUAGAGAACAAAUUCAAAAUCAGCAAAAUGCGAUACAUUUCAUGGAAGACAGAAAUAAAACAAUAGAACGUGAACAAUCAUUUACUGAAUGGAUUCACCCGUCACUAUCUCCAGUUAAUAUGGUUACUAGCGGAUGGUUGUUGGAUAAAACGAAAUCCAGAGACCAUACAAGAUGUCAAUAUUGUAAUGCAGAAUAUCACAAUUGGCAACGUGAAGAUAAUCCCGAGUUUAUUCAUAAUCAAUUGUCCGCAUCCACAUAUUGUCCAUUUCUCCUGUCUCCAAAUCCAAUGCAUCCAAAUUCGGUAUCCAUUAAACCUUUACAGGAAGUAAUAACAAGAGAAAUUAUAGCUAAUGAAAAAGACCAACCGACGUCAGAUAUCAUUGAAACUUCAUUUUUGCCUUAUGCUGAUCCAUUAACACGACGACAAUCGUUUUCUAAAUUUCCUGGUGGACAACUACAAAAUAUGAGUGCAUUAGUUCAGUCUGGAUUUUACUUUACAGGUAAUGAUACUAUCCUUCAGUGCUACAAUUGCUCAGGUAAAGUCAAUGAUUUGCAUCAGUUUUCAUCAAAUGAAAUCAAUGCUCAACAUUGUUCUCGAUUUUCAAACUGUCAUUAUGCUCAAUUAUUACCAAAACAAGCUGAAAUAACGUCUAUAAAUGAUGUCAAUCUAUGUAAAUGGUGUUUGAUUAAUCCUAAUGAAUUGGUUGUAUAUUCUUGCAAUCAUCGAGCUAUUUGCAAAUCAUGUGCUCCAGUGAUAAAUACGUGUCCGGUCUGCGGUAUUGUAGCAAAAGCGUUUAUGACAAUACCCAUGUAA